AUGCCUGGGGCUACAACAACAGACGAGCUUCAAACCAAUGGGCCGGACUGCCAACUGCACCCAACGUCCUCACGUCAAGGCGAAUGGAUUCGGCUUGAAGAAGAGAAGCGCCAUGACUUCCUGGAUUUAGCUUGCGACGAGUCCUUGCAAGUAAACACGCUGGAGGACCUCCAGAAAAGUCUGCACGAGCUCGUGGACGAGUUCAAGCUUCGCAACAGCUUUGUUGAGCGGUUGAACCCCACCUUCGACCAUCUUACCUCUUUUACACAAGCGAUUACUUCGGCAUCUCAAUACAAUCCUGUAGCAUGUUUGGUAUGGGGCGGCAUUCAGGCCGUGGUCUUGGAUUUAUAUGUUGACUACGUCGGAUUCUGUGUUACGGCUGCUCAAUAUUUCAAGCGGGGUCCGGCCGUAAAUUUCCUCACCAACUUCUUCUCUGGAAAAUCUCAUUUCAAUAUCAAGCAGAGCAAAGCAAAUAUUCGUAGACAUGUCAAGACCUUUAAACGUGCUGCAGAGCUCGCUCAUCGAGAGCGCGUGCGACGUCAACACUUAGAGGUGCAAAAAAAGCUAGGUGAUAACUUUGUAGAGCUUCCCUCACAAUUCGCACCAAGCUCGUCCGACAUGUCGAAAAUCACCUUCCCGGUCAGCACGGUUGGCAUGAAUCGGAACUGGACGUUCACUGGCCGCGAUGAAGACCUCAUCAAAGUACACGACGUCCUGAUUGAGCGACGUCCUAGUGGGACGAAGUCUGGAGACUCCAUACAACCUGACAAAUCUGGGAAUGAUUCUGGACCGGCUUGUUGUGUAUUGACUGGUAUUGGUGGCGUUGGUAAAACUCAAACAGCGCUUGAAUAUACUUAUCGCUAUCGUGACAAAUACGACGCGAUCUUCUGGCUGGAGGCUGAAGAUAAAUGGACUUUGACGGCGAAGUAUGCCCAGAUCUCUGAUGCACUAGGACUACUGGAUCAACAUACAUUUGAAAAGGAUGGUCAUAGGCGCCAGACUCUUGGUAUCGAGAAGGCCCGAGAGUGGCUUCAAUCCACCGGUGUGAUUAACGCUUUGAAAGAGAAACGUUGGCUUCUUGUCUUUGAUAAUGCAGAGGAUAUCAAUGAUGUUGAUCCAUACCUACCGUUAGAGUCAAAUUCACGUGGCUCGAUCUUGAUCACAACGCAGCGCCCGAUCAAUUUUGGAGUUACGAAGAUAUUCGCCACAGUGGAAAUGAAGUCAUUCAACAGAGAUCAUGCUGCAGCAUUGCUGUUCAAAUACCUCCAAAGGGACGCAGCUGACGAGAAAGAGGAAGAAAUGGCCCGCAAGCUAUCUGACACUGUCGACGGUCUUCCCUUAGCGAUUGCUACGAUUGGUGGGUACAUUAAUCAGUCUCAGAGCAAUCUCGUUGAAUAUACUCAAACACUUCAACACUCAUCGAACGCUUGGACCGCCAGCGCAAUUGGACCGGUGAGUCAGUAUGAGAAGAAUCUUGAAACUGUCUUCGACAUCGCCAUAGCAGAGCUUUCUGACAAAGCGCGGGAGGUCCUUACCAUUCUCGCAUUUCUUAACCCAGAUAAUAUUCCGGAGGCUCUGUUUGAUGCCGCAGUUGGAAAGGACAGCCUAAAAUUUGUCCACAACAAAGCGGACCUACUUGAAAUUAUUCGUGAACUGCGAAAGCGGCAACUCAUACGACGAGAGGCUUCUGUGUCCGAACCUUACAUUGCUACUCAUCGCACCGUUCAGUGGAACGUGCUGUUGUUCUUGAGUAAGGAUUAUACGCAUCGCUGGGAAGUUUUUCAACAAGCCUUUAGACUAGUCAAGAAUGUCCUGCCAGAUGAUUCUCCCUUUGUUGUGCCGUCCCCCGAUAAAUGGCCCAAAUUUCAAAAAUAUGGACCUCAUAUCUUGAGCUUACGAUCACACUGUCUCUGGCCUGAUCCUCCAAUCGAGCUUCCGGUCAACUUUGCAGAGGUUUUGUCGGAUAUGGGAACCUUCAUGUGGCACGCAGGGAAGGUGCCAGAAGGUGAAGAGGCUUUGGAAACAGCAUCUGACGUCAUGGACGAAAACAAAGUCGAAGACGACAACACAGUGCGAGCGGACGUCUACAAUUUGCUCGGCAUCAUCACAAGCUUUGAUGGUGUAAGCGAGAGAGAACGCAGUAUGGACCUACGUCACAAAGCUUACAAUGCUCGCAAGGCAGAGUUCGGUGGUCUCCCGCAAAGCAAAGUCACCAUAGAUGAUGAAAUCAAACGUGAAAUUGUCAAUUCGGACUUUGCCUACGCCUUGGUUCAAGAAGAAGACUUCGAUCAAGCUGCCGAGAUAUUCAGCAAGACUUUGCAGAAAUACCACGAAUGGGGCCCAGAAGAUGAAUACCCUUAUCAAUACUCUCAGUAUCACCAGGUUGUUGCUGUCUGCUUGAUGGCUGCACAAAAGCCUGUCGAGUCUAUCGAGCACAUCACCCAUUGUACCGAUUUGCUAGUCAAGUCUAGUGAUACUAUGCAUCCGAUGACUCAAUUGAUGCGUUUUAUCGCUGGCUUCUUGACAUGGCACGCAGGUGAGCGGGAGAAAGCACUUGAGAUCAAUGAGUCCGUGCUUGAAGGUCGACGCAAGAUUAUUGGCGACUUUAGUCAUUUUACUCUCGAGAGCUACUCAACCACAGCUAAACUUCUCGCGGAGACAGGUAAUCUUGAAAAAGCACGCGUGUAUCUAGACUGUUGCCUUGAACGCCGAAAGCGCAAUGCUUGGAAUGAAGAGGGUGUCGCCCGAGCUCAAUUCCGCUAUGCUCAUGUACUUGAACAACUUGGUGAGAAGACCGAAGCAGCGAAGCAGCGAGAGCUGUCAAGGAAAACCAUGCUCCGCUUCAUGGAGCGAUACCCUAGGUAUUUGCCUCAGACACCCGAUGAUGAAGAGUCUGUUCUUGAUCAAAUGGUCUCAAUUUGGGCAGGGCGUUUUACGGGCAAGAUGGUACAGAAGGAACCUGGAUUCGUACAUACCGCCCCGGUGCCUGAGGGUGUGCAAGGACUGUGA